AUGACGCGCCUCAGCCUCAGCUUCCACCUUCAAAGCGGCCUUGUGCGCCCUUGUCGCAACAUGGGCGCGCAUGCUGCCAAGCUGAAGAUCGCGACCACCCUCGCCCUUGAUGCCGGCAUUCCUGGAAAAGCAGCCCAUAGCAAGGGUAGAAAGGGUAAAACACCCUUGAAUUUUGAACCCUGCCCCCAACCCCACUUCUCUCACAACCCCACUUUUCUCACAUCCCCACUUCUCUCACAACCCCACUUCUCUCACACCCACCACUACUCUCACACCCCCCACUUCUCUCACACCCCCCACUUCUCUCUCACCCCCCACUUCUCUCUCACCCCCCACUUCUCUCUCACCCCCCACUUCUCUCUCACCCCCCACUUCUCUCACACCCCCCACUUCUCUCACAAACCCCACUUCUCUCUCACCCCCCACUUCUCUCUCACCCCCCACUUCUCUCUCACCCCCCACUUCUCUCUCACCCCCCACUUCUCUCUCACCCCCCACUUCUCUCUCACCCCCCACUUCUCUCACACCCCCCACUUCUCUCUCACCCCCCACUUCUCUCACACCCCCCACUUCUCUCUCACCCCCCACUUCUCUCUCACCCCCCAUUUCUCUCUCACCCCCCACUUCUCUCUCACCCCCCACUUCUCUCUCACCCCCCACUUCUCUCUCACCCCCCACUUCUCUCUCACCCCCCACUUCUCUCUCACCCCCCACUUCUCUCUCACCCCCCACUUCUCUCUCACCCCCCACUUCUCUCUCACCCCCCACUUCUCUCUCACCCCCCACUUCUCUCUCACCCCCCACUUCUCUCACACCCCCCACUUCUCUCUCACCCCCCACUUCUCUCACACCCCCCACUUCUCUCUCACCCCCCACUUCUCUCUCACCCCCCAUUUCUCUCUCACCCCCCACUUCUCUCUCACCCCCCACUUCUCUCUCACCCCCCACUUCUCUCUCACCCCCCACUUCUCUCUCACCCCCCACUUCUCUCUCACCCCCCACUUCUCUCUCACCCCCCACUUCUCUCUCACCCCCCACUUCUCUCUCACCCCCCACUUCUCUCUCACCCCCCACUUCUCUCUCACCCCCCACUUCUCUCACACCCCCCACUUCUCUCUCACCCCCCACUUCUCUCUCACCCCCCACUUCUCUCACCCCCCACUUCUCUCUCACCCCCCACUUCUCUCUCACCCCCCACUUCUCUCUCACCCCCCACUUCUCUCUCACCCCCCACUUCUCUCUCACCCCCCACUUCUCUCUCACCCCCCACUUCUCUCACACAACCCACUUCUCUCACACCCCCCACUUCUCUCACACCCCCUCUCUCACACCCUUCACUUCUCUCAUACCCUUCACAUCUCUCAUACCCCCCACAUCUCUCAUACCCCCCACAUCUCUCAUACCCCCCAUUCCUCUCAUACCCCCCACUUUUCACAUCCGAUUUCUUACGAAAAAAAUAUUGAUUUCUCAUCUGCUCCUCGUCCCCUACCCUCCCCACCCCUAUCUGCUUCUCCCGCCAUGCUCUCACCUGCUGAUCUCACCUGCUGCUCUCAACUCCUGCUCUCACCUGCUGCUCUCAUGUGUGGCGUUGACGAAACGCAGGUUGAUCAUAAUGAAUGUGCUGGGGGGUAUGGAGCAGGGGGGGCAGGGUUUGAAGCCGGUGGAUGGGGCUAUGGAGCGGUGGGGGGGCAGCAUGGGAUGGGAAGUAGCAACGGGCAAGGGACAACACUAUCUGAGUUCCUGUCACUGCCCGUCACCCCUUCUCUGGCCUCCCUUGCUUCCCUCGCCUGCUUCCCCUGUUGGUUGCUCUUCCCUCUGACAUCCCCCUUCCACCUUUCCGCCCAUCCUCCCGUGCGCCCACGCCCUCCCCCAUCCAACCAUACCUCAUCCCUUCAUCCCCCCAUCCUCCCAUCCCCACUUGCCCCCAUACCCCAUUCCCCCCAUCUCCCCAACCCCCAAUCCACCCAUCCUCCCAUCCCCACUUGCUCCCAUUCCCUCAUCCCCCAUCGAAGCAUACCUCAUCGCCCCAUCCCCCCAUCCCCUCAUCCUCCCAUCCCCAUUUGCCUCUAUACCCCAUUCCCCCCAUCUCCUCAUCCCCCCAUCCCCCUAUUCCCCCAUGCCCCCAUCCCCCCAUCUCCCAUUCCCAUUUGCCCCUAUACCCCAUUUCCCCCAUCUCCCCAUCCCCCCAUCCCCCGAUUUUCCCCAUCCGCCCACCCCCCAUCUCCCCGUGCCUCCAUCCUUCCAUCCUCCCAUUCCCACUUCCCCCCCAUUUUGAUGCGCCUUAAACCCAUUCCCCCAUCUCCCCAUCUCUCCCCCAUCUGCCCAUUCCCUCCUCAUCCCGCUCUUAUCAGGCCAACGCAGCAAGGAAUUCAGGAGAGCCUAUCAACUCGCAGGGAUGCAGCCAUGAUCAACCCGGCAGCUCACACUCCCCUGCUCACCCCCCCCCUUCCCAUUUCCCCCCUUUCCUGCUGCCGCCCGUCCGCCUUUUCUCAAGUGCAGGUGGAGCAGCUGUUUUAA